AAAUAAAAUUUAAAUUGUAAACAAUUUUUUCAUUUUAAUGAUUCAAUUUUAAAUUCUUUUUUAUUAUAAGUUUUUUUAGCAAAUUCAUCAUGGGAGUUCUCUGUCAGCUUAUACUACAAUUAUUAUUAAAAACAUAUCAGCAGCAGCAACAACAACAACAAUGUAUAGAGUUGUUGUUGUUUGUAAUUCAGAUGGUGAUAAAUCAGCAUCACUUAUAAUGGGUGAUCAAGAAGUAGCUAGAAAUAUAACAAUGUUACGACCCCAAGUUGAUCCUCUUGGUGACAAUCAAUUAGUUAAAACUGAAGAAUUUACAAGCCACAAAAAUAUAGCACAUAAAACUUCAUACAAUUGCUCAUCUUGCAAUGAUAUAUUUAUGACCAAAAAAAGUCUUUCAAUACAUUUAAAAACUCAUGUUAAAAAUGAUCUAUAUAGUUGUAAUAAAUGUACAAAAAAAUACAAACGACAAGAAGGAUUAAAUCUUCAUAUGAUACGUAAACAUAAUAAUAACAAACCAAAAUUUAUAUGUGAUAAUUGUAAUAAAGGUUAUCAAUUUAAAUCUGAUUUAUCAGCACAUAUGAUACGUGCUCAUAUACCUCAAAAAUGUGAUGUAUGUGAAACAUUUGUAAAUGAUAUUAAGAGUCAUAUUAAAAAACAUGAAAAAGAUGCUAAAGAUAUGACUGAAUUAUCAUGUGAAUAUUGUCAACAAAAAUUUACAUCAAUUAAAAAAUUUGAAUUACAUAAAAAAAAACAUAUAGAUUCUAAAAAUCUUAAAUGUAAAGAAUGUAAUUUAAUAUUUCCUGGUAGAAGAGCAUUGAUUAAUCAUCGUGAUAGAGAACACAGAUCUGGAUAAAGAAGAAAAGAGGACGUCCAAAAAAAAAAACAACAACCAAUACUUGUGGCAGAUCAAAUGGCUCAUCAAAACAAAUAAUUAAAGUUGAAACUACAACACCAACAACA